AUGUUCUUUGAGCUCUGUCGUGUAACGUCGCAGUUCGAUUCGAAAGAAGUAAGGCAAGUAAGAUUAUCGCAUGUUCUCGAAAAACCGCAGUUGUACUACGACGAGCAGUUGUCAGAAUGGGUUUAUCCAGUCGAUGAAGCAUUAGAAAAACAAUUGGAGCAAGUCGCAUAUUUCUGCAAAAGUAUUAAUCGGAAUCGAGCUCUACGAGCACUUCUAACUCAACCUGAUGGCUCGUUUAUACUUCGAAUUUCUGAAUCAAAAAAUCGAUGUUUGGCUCUAAGUGUUCGUGUGCCUUUUAAUUUUAAUUCGAGUGGAAUUUCACAUUAUUUGAUUAUACGAAAUGAAAGAGGUUUCAAAAUUAAGGGCUCAAACAAAUCUUUUCCAUCAAUUCCAAUGCUUAUCACUCAUCAUUCUGUUAUGCGUGAACAACUGCCAUGUCGUUUAUUUUUUGUUCAGUGGGAUCGUUUAUGGGAUUAUGAAGAUAAUAAUAAUUAUGAUUAUCCACCUUGUGAAGACUAUGAAUGCCGAAUGAGAGCAGAUUCAUAA